ACUCUCUCUUCCCUGUCCUUCCUUCCGGAGCAGGACGGGUUAGGGCUCAUGUUUCAGCUACUUCUUUAAACUAAUCAAUGGCGUCCUGAAGGAAACAACCUGCUCCUUACGCUUUUGCCCCCGUCUCCUCAUCAUAUCAUAGCCACCGCUGCUUUCUCGCCUGUUGUUGGCCUCCGAAAGUGAUAUGGGAUGGUUAGCAGUGGUGCCAUCGAGUUCAGUUAUUUAUUGCGCACUUCCUUUUUCUUGAUGCUUUUCUAUGGGACUUACCGAUCGCUGUCUCAAGUGUCAUCUCCCACCCCUGCCCUUGUUUUCUUCCGUGGCUCUCUGCCCAGAGAUUCAAGCGCUUGUUUCUCUGAUUUCGUAUGAACAGCUAUCGUUGGGCAGCGUUCGGCCUCUUUAGUUUCUUUUUGUAGGAGGAGGUUGACGAGCCUUCUAAGAAUCUCAAGUUCUGAACUAUGUUUACUGCUAAUGUUCAGGGUUCUAAAAUGUUGAGACAUAUGAAUACCGAGAGAUCAGUUGUUUUUGUUCUCCUUUAAAUGGAUACGCCCCGUGUCGGUCGUUAUUCAGCCUAUUCUGCCAGGGAGAGGCAUUCUCGGAGUGUUUCUGGAGUCUGUGAAGAUAUAUUAAAUAUAUCACCUCGGCUUUCCUACCAUGGUCCUGGCAAACUUGAAGGGAGAGGUUGUGCACAAGGGUUAUAACAAGAAUAAAGAAUGGAAAGAGCUGUGCCAAAGCAAUCAGAAAGGAGGAUACAAACAUAAGUACAAAGGCAAAGGAUAAGAAGACAUGGAACCCUUUGUUCAAGUAUCUCAUCAAGCUUAGGAUUGAGAAGUAGUAAGAAAUUUAUUGGAUAAAGUUAAAUGCAACUACAACAAUUUAGAAUAGUUCCAAGUUAUCGGAAAUUUACAGAAUAAACCAGCAGGUUGAAAUGGGGUCUAAGCUGUGCUAGGCACUGUAUUGGCCAUCAUUUUGGCACUGAGUUCAUGAACAAGUACUCUCCAAGAUGCAAGGAAUCUGCCUCUGCAUCAAUGGCUACUCACUUUGAUAGAAGACCAGAUUAUGGGAAAUCUUUCAGCUUUCAAGAGGUGACAUCGGGUCGUAUCUCCACCACAUCUUCUGCUUCAAGUGAAACUCCACUCACAAAGUCUGCUGCAGAGUUGGUCAGAGAGAUUUCUACCCUUGAGCUGGAAGUCAUACAUUUGGAACGACAUCUGCUUUCGCUAUACCGCACAGCUUUUGACCAAUAUCUAGUUAGCUCCCCUACUUCAGUGUGCUAUACCUCCAAACCUACUGCACAAUGCACUGCAGGAAGCAUGGGGCAUGAUGAUGAACUACAGAAAGCACAUGAAAAGAAUGAUGCUACCAAUCCAGAUGUAUUAUUUGACAAAGCAUAUUUAUCUAAAAGCUUCAAGAGAAUCGAGGAAGACCCUUUCAAUUUCAGGCAUACUGAACAAUCUCAUGUGUGUUACCCUAAUAUAGUAACAGGUAAAACCCGUUAUAUUUCUGGACAUCGCUGUCUAGCAGAUCAUCUUGGUGCAUCAAUCGCAGAUCAUGUACCUGAGAUAUGCAGUAAACUUUCCGAAGACAUUGUCAAAUGCAUUUCUGCUAUCUACUGCAAACUUGCAAGUCCACCUCAAAUUGUGGAACUAUUGGAUUCACCUACACCAUCAAUGUCAUCUUCAAGCACAUUUUCUCCACAGGACCCUGGUGAUAAUUGGAGCCCUAAGUUGCACUGUGAAACUACAGCAAGACCCUCUCGAUAUGAAUCCUAUAAAGAUAAAAACAGUCCUUACAGUGGUAUGAUUGAAGUUCCACAGAUAUGUAUAGACAGUGAAAGAUUUAAGUAUGCCUCUAACAAGUUGAGUAUCUUCAGAUCUCUAAUUCGAUGCCUAGAGACAAUGGACCCAAGAAAGAUGGAACAUGAAGAGCAACUGGCUUUCUGGAUCAACAUUCACAAUGCAUUGGUGAUGCAUGCGUUUUUAGCAUAUGGGCUUCGCGAGAAUCACAUCAAAAGCACAUACUCAAUACUGAAGGCAGCUUACAAUGUCGGCGGACAUUCAGUAAAUGCUUAUACUAUUCAGAGUUCUAUUCUUGGAUGUCAACCCCAUCGUCCAUCUUUGCAUCUGAGCAAACUAUUUGCCACAAAGCUAUCAUCAGGGAAAGAUAAACACCCAUACGCCCUUGACAGUUUGGAGCCGCUUGUUCAUUUUGCUCUUUGUUCAGGAUCAUCCUCAGACCCUGCUCUUCGAGCCUAUACUGCCAAGAGUAUCUAUCAGGACCUGGAGGUUGCAAAAGCUGAAUUCAUUCAAGCUAAUGUAUCUGUCGUAAAAGAAACCAAGAUCAUCCUGCCAAAGAUCUUGCAAUACUAUGCAAAAGAUGCAUGUCUAGAACUUGUUGACCUUCUCAAGAUGGUCUACGACUACAUUCCAGAGGCCCAGCGGAAGUCCAUCCAGACAUGCAGCAAAAGGAGGCCCGACAAGUACGUGGAAUGGUCUCCGUACAAGUCAUCCUUCAGGUAUCUUGUGCAUACAGAUUUGGCGAAGCAAUAGGUUGGUGUUAUCUACCGACGAUAGAAGCCCAAAUAAUACGCUUGAUGUGUGAUGUAAUCCUCCAUCAUAAAAGAGGUCGUGAGCAACAUGGCUACUGUUGUGUGGAAGUACAUGGUUGGUGUAGAUGAACUGUGGGUGGCUAAGCGCUGUGUGCUUGGCAUGGACAGAGUGCUGGAGGAGGUUCCACUCCAUCGUCCUCAGGUGCCAACAAGAACAAGGUGUUGUGCGGCGCACGCGGCGCAUCGCAUUGUGCAGUCUUUCGUUGUCUAAGCCUCUCCAUUGCUUCUUUCAAGCAAGUAAUGGAAAAUGGUCAAACAACAGUAGAAAGUGGGAUUUUAUUGACUUGUAUAUACCUGUGUCAUCUGGACUCACGACAGUAAAAUUAUCUUUACAUUUA